AUGGCCAGCAGAGUCUCCCGGAGCAGGGCACUCGCCUCGGCUCUUCGGGCCACCAAGCCCUCGGCGCCCAGCACCUCAUCCCCAUCUGUCGCCGUGGUCGCUGCGACCUCCUCCCGUUGUCUGUCGACCAGCAGCCGGAUGCAAGGCUAUGCCGUGCAUGUGCCCAAGAAUGCGUCCAACAUGCGGCAGGCCCCGCGGCCGGCGGUUAGCACUCUCGAGGCACCGCUGACGAACCCGGCCGACAAGUACGAUGCGAUGGCCGACAACAUGCACAAGUACGGCGCGUGGCUGAUGAGCUCGCUGCCCAAGUACGUGCAGCAAUUCUCGGUGUGGAAGGACGAGCUCACCAUUUACGUGGCCCCGUCAGCCAUCGUCCCCGUGUUUUCGUUCUUGAAGUGUAUGUCUGGGUUGCCAUUUGUCGUUUUUUCGCCAUGCCAUGUAGCUUCUGUGCCGCCAGCUAACUUUAUUUCCAACCCGUCAGACCACACGGCUGCCGAGUUCACCCAGGUGAGCGACAUCACGGCCGUCGACUUCCCCACCCGCGACCAGCGCUUCGAGAUCGUGUACAACCUGCUGAGUGUGCGGCACAACUCGCGCAUCCGAGUCAAGACGUACGCCGACGAGGCCUCCCCGGUUCCCAGCAUCACCAGCCUGUUCGACGGCGCCAACUGGUUUGAGCGUGAGGUAUACGAUAUGUUCGGCGUGUUCUUUGUGGGCCACCCCGACUUGCGGCGCAUUCUGACGGACUACGGCUUCGAGGGCCACCCGCUGCGCAAGGACUUCCCGCUGACGGGCUACACGGAGAUCCGCUACGACGAGGAGAAGAAGCGCAUUGUGACGGAACCCCUGGAGCUGACGCAGGCGUUCCGCAACUUUGAGGGUGGUUCAAGCGCAUGGGAGCAGAUUGGCGCAGGUGUGGACAAGACGCCUGAGACGUUUAAGCUGCCAACACCGAAGCCAGAAGAGAAGAAGGAGGAGAAGAAGUAG